GCAAAGCACAACCGGGUCACAGGAACAUUCCUAGUGGGUUGACGAUCAAACGAACGCUACCGACCAGCACAUAUCUGCGAUACACAGGCAUUACGCAAUCACAGAUGAAGCCUACUUACUGGAGAACCCCGCUUAAAUCGAAAUAUACACGAGCACAAGUCAUUAAGCCCUUGUCCGAGUUCGAGCUUACUCGGGAGUCCGGCUAACGGUCCGAUACGGACACAGAAUGGCGGAACUAAUUUGAGCAAGAAUGGGCAGCGAAUGUUCCGAGAGACGUACAGUAGGGGCCUCCCAGCAGCUUCCCCUUUGGUCGAACGACGCAGGAUCUAGGACUCGAGAAUGUGACAUGGGCAGGGUCGCUGCACCAAAAUUGGUGCACUAUGGGCUAUACGGGAACGCGCACGAGCAGCGCAUCCGCCAGCUCGCAGCAUGUCACAUCGGGUCCGGGGACGCGUUCCCCUGUCAUCCGGUACGGAGUAUGCAUAGCAUGGCCAGACGCGUUGUAUACACACUAAUAACACGCAGUGUAUACACACUAGUCACACGCAAUGGCGGUACACCAGUCACACGCAGUGGCUGUACACCAGUCAAAUGUACGCCAUCACUAUGGCAAGUCAUGGAAACUACAACUGAUUCGCCACUCGGCCUCACAGGCGUAGAGGAUGGAUUGGUUUGCACACACUGUACUCAGGACCCAGAAGGUUGACGAGAUUGUGCUGCAUCUGGCUUACGAACAGAUGACGAUACAGAACUCCUCCGGACCGCGGAAAUCCUGGCUAGAGCUCGAUCAACCUUGACAGUGACAGCAAAUAAGCUCAACAUUUGAAUGUUC